UUCUUCUCUCUGCCUCAAUAGACCUCAAUGGCUCAAUUUCUCCAAUUUCCGCCGCCACACUACCCGUCGUCUUCCCCUUCUCUCUUCCACCGCAACCUCAACAUCCUCGGUCGACAUCGCAAAAUUGCCAUCCUAAAUCAUGGCCGAAUCCGCUCCGCAAUUGCGACGAGGGCCGCUUCCUGCAGCUACCGCCCUCCGCCGAUCAAAUUCCCUUCCCUCACUGCCCUGUCGCCCUACCUCCAAUCGGAAUGGCGGCCGAUCCUCACUGGCUGGCUAUGCAGCGCCGUUUCGGUUUACUCGCUCUCCAAACUCGUUCCUCUGGCGGGGCAACUCUCUUCCUCGAUCGCCGUCUCAAAUUUGGCGACCUUAAGAAACGGGGCUUUGGCGUUGGGGGCUCUCCUUCUGAUCCGAAUUGUGGCGAAUUACUUGCAGCAGGCCUGUUUGUGGGAUGCCGCGUUGAAUUGUGCGUAUAAUAUAAGGGUUCAUGUUUUCGAUAGGGUUUUGCAGAGGGAUUUGGGGUUCUUCGAGGGCGGAAACGGGAUUCUUCCUGGGGAUGUCGCGUACCGGAUCACAGCAGAGGCGGAGGAUGUGGCUGACACAGUGCACUCUCUUUUGAAUACGAUAGUACCAAGCGUUUUGCAGUUAUCAGCAAUGGCAACUCAGAUGUUGACCAUAAGUCCUCAACUUUCUCUAAUUUCUGCAUUUGUGAUUCCAGCAAUGGCUCUAACAGUUGGAUGCCUAGGUGAAAAGCUUCGCAUAAUAUCUAAUGAGGCGAAUCUUAGUACAGCCUCUCUAGCAGCCUACCUAAAUGAGGUCUUCCCUUCAAUUCUUUUUGUGAAGGCAAACAAUGCAGAAUCCAACGAACGUAUUAGAUUCCAGUUGCUUGCAUCUGCUGAUCUAUCUGCACGAUUGAAGAAGAAGCAAGCGAAGGUUUUAAUCCCUCACAUAGUGCAGAUAAUGUUUUUUGGGCUUUUACUCAUUCUGGGUUCCACCUCAAUCAUAGUUUCAAGAGGCUCAUUAAAUUGCUCUGUCAUAGUUUCCUUCAUGACAUCACUGGUUCUUUUGAUUGAUCCUAUUCAGGAUAUUGGAAAAGCAUACAAUGAGUUAAAGCAAGGAGAACCAGCAAUUGAGCGGUUGUUUAACUUAAGCUUGUUCAAAUCCCAGCUAAUUGAGAAACCAGAUGCAGUUGACUUGGCCUCUGUUACGGGAGAAGUGGAGGUGUGCGGCCUCUCUUUUUCAUACGGAGAUGGUAUGGCUCCUGUACUGAAUGGGCUGGAUCUUCAUAUUAAAGCUGGAGAGACAAUUGCUCUAGUUGGGCCAUCUGGAGGUGGCAAGACAACUCUCGUAAAACUUCUGCUUCGCCUAUAUGAACCUCUUUCAGGUUCAAUAUUGAUAGAUGGCUGCGACAUUCAAAAUAUUCAAUUACAGAGCUUAAGAAGACAUGUUGGUUUGGUGACUCAAGAUGCAGUACUCUUUGCUGGCACUAUUGCUGAGAAUAUUGGGUACAAGGAUCUAUUGAGUGGUGUUGACAUGGAAAGAGUUAGAUUUGCAGCUGAAACUGCAAAUGCAGACGGAUUCAUUAAAUGCCUACCCGAUCAGUAUCAAACCACUGUUGGUCCAAGGGGCUCAAAUUUUAGUGGAGGCCAGAGGCAAAGGUUAGCUAUUGCGAGAGCACUCUAUCAGAACCCGUCUAUUCUUAUUCUAGACGAAGCAACUUCCGCAUUAGAUAGCAGAUCCGAGCUACUGGUAAGACAAGCUCUUCAACGUCUAAUGCAAGAUCGCACGGUGGUGGUGAUUGCUCAUCGUGUAGAAACAGUUUUGAUGGCUGAAAGAAUAUUCCUAUUAAGGGAUGGAAAGCUGCAGCAGUUGAGUCAUUCUGCUCUUGGAUCACUGGCAUCAGGACUUGUAGUUUAGAAUUAGAAAACAAGGGGAAUUUUGGUGUUUUCUUCAAAUUAUCAUUCCAAAAGCUUCACGAGGUGUAUUUUAGAGUGUAAAUAUUCGGACUUUUUUUAUAUGAAAGCCUAAUUUAUGUAUAA